UCAACUCUGCUGCUUACUUCGGAGCUGGGACAGUACUCAGUGUUUUAGGUGAGUGUGAGUAAACAGUAAGUUCAAAAUGUAGUCUGACUUUUUAUAUACCUGUAGAGCUCUGGGAAUGCCCAGAAGUUGGAGUUUGGCACAGGAACGGUUGUCUCAGUACUUGGUAAGACAUCGAUCUAAAUUUUCAGAAAGGAGUGAAAAUAUUUGCCAAUAUAUUGAAACUGGGGGGUGAUGGACAUUAUUGCAUAUUUAUAGUUUGGCUUGGGUGGGGACCAGUUCAGAUCCUUUGGGCAGAGCAUAGACUAAGAUUUGUUCAUAAAUGAUUUGUCUAAAAAUGACCCUUGAAUCAUACAUCCACAGUGGAUUGGGUAGGUUUUACACACAUGUUCUACCUCUGUGAUGGCACGGAUAAGCUCUACUUUGGAGAAGGCACCCUGCUUCAUGUUCUAGGUAAGUUGAGAACCUCAGAGGAGCACAUGGGUACAUUAUAUAUUCUACCAGCUGGGGAAUGAGUAGUGAGUGAACUUUGGUUAUUUGGUUAUUUAUUUAGUGCUGCAUUAACCAUUUCAAUAGUUUGCCAAUGUUCUUAUUAGGCAACAGAACAGCUUUGUCAUCAGAAGUAUUGUAAUCUAUUGUAUCAAUACAUUAUCAUUAGGACACAAUUGAUGUACAAUCAAUGUAAGAUAUGGACAUAGUGACUGGAGACAGGGGACCAUCAGGGCACUGAAAGCGUUAAAUCCUUGUUAGGGUAAUAAAAUAUAUCAGAUUAGAGGAAGAUAGUUAAUAGGGCAGUAAUUUGGUGAUCCAAAACUGGAGACUGCCCUAGAAAGGUGAAUAUGUUGCAGGGUUAGAUUAUGUCUGUGUUUUAACAUGAGCAUUCAUGGCUGUGGCUCUGACAAACUAUUUUUUGGAGAUGGGACCCGUGUGUCAAUCUUAGGUAAAUCCUAAAUAUACUAUCAUUAAAAGAAGGUAUACAAUGUUUAUAUGUUAGGUUAAUAAGAAAAUAAAAACAACUGGAUUUGGAUACAGCAGGUAUGAAGGACAUGUGGUACAGACAAAUUAAACUGGCAUUUUGUAAAACUAGAGUUAGUUGGAUUUAGUUACAUAAUCACUAGGAUUUAGUAUAGCUCGAUUUGGCUGUGCUCGGGCUAUGCUGUGACUUUUGGAGAAGGGACAUUGCUAUCUGUACUAGGUAAGUAAUGGAAUGGAGACUUUGGAAUAAUUCAGAAUAGCUUAAAUCUCUAAUUAUCUAACAUUAACUCUCUCUGUCUGAGGAUGUAUAUUCAAGGCUCGAUGAUCAGUAAACAUAGCUGUUAAUUGUGCUUGGUUAAGGAGUAUUAGUGCAAUUUGCAAACUAGUUGCUUUCAUCUGUUCUGGUUCUAUUGGAUAUAUUGUUUUUAAUUAGGCGUGGAUGGGACAUAAUGACCAAAUCCCCUUUGCUGGGACUUAGUGCCUCCAUUUUAGUACAGCCAUGUUACUUUGUGCUCAUACGAUGCUCAAUAUUUUGGGUCUGGUUCUCUACUUCAUGUUAUGGGUAAGUAAAUAAAAAGGGCUCGUUAAAAAUAUCCCAAGAUAUCUAGGAUGGUAUGAUGACAUAAAAUAUGUUUUGCUUAAUAGUGAAAAUGUGUUUAUUUAAAUUCUAUAACAAGCAUUAUUCAUAUUCAUUAAUCUCACAUUAAAUACAGCAAUCUACAAAGUUCAGAAAAUUUUAAGUUUAUAAAUAACUGCUAUUAUUACGUAUUUGCUAAAAGCCAGAUAAACAUGAGAUGAAUAGAUAGCAGAAUAUUUGGAUGUUAGAUUGAGAUUUAGUAUAGAGGUUUGAGGCUGUGAGCAACGAACGACAAUAUUUUGGAUCUGGCACAAUCUUGGCUGUUUUAGGUAAGUGAGUGACAUGUUCUGUUUGAGUUACUUGAUAACCAGUCUGGAAACAUAUGCUAAGCUAUUAAAUCUCUAGAAAUUAUAUAAAGCCAUAGGAAUAGGUUUAAGUUCUCAAUCAAUACAAACAAUCAGUACAGAGAUCUUUCUCCAGAUGAUUGGUUUUAUCAUGUGGAGAAAGAUCUUGGUCACAAGUUCUGCUCAGAUGCUGAAUAAAAUAUUAUCUCAUAGGAUUUUUGAGCUUAGAUUGUGUACAAAUAUUUGUUUGGUUAAUUUACUUCUGCAAAUCCCUAACAGAAAAAAUAAUCCAACAUGGAUUUAAUUGUGCCCUGGUACACACAUUGCCUGUAUGGUAGCAAACAUCAAUAUAAAAGGAAAUAAAUAUUUAGACAUAAUUACACAUACAUUGUUUCUUUGAACUGGAAUAAUUUCUCUAGGAAAUCACACACAAUUAUUGUAUUAAUUAGCAUGUCACAUAAAAAUACUAAAAUACUGUAUUUGAGGUCUGCUAUACGGUUCUAUUUUAGUUAUAUGAUAAAGCAAUAAGAUUAAGCUAAAAUCGCCAUUUGUAAAGAAAAGCUUUGUAAAGUAACAGCUGUCUACUGAAGUGGAGGUAUCAGGACAGUUUGCAGUGAGGGAAGAAUGUUCUUUUUGUAGUAGAAUGUAACAUUGUGGGGACAGCACCAUGAUACAAACUAAUGUAAGGUCUUUACAUAAACCUGCCAUAUGUAUAUAGGCCAUAUAUCUCAUGCAGCUAUAGGCUGCUGAUUGUAUGAGGAGUUCACAUGUUCCCAGGAUGGUGUUUGCUAUUCUGGAAAUGGUCAGAUUGCUAUUGAGUCAGAAAGUCUGGGAUUUAUUGGAUACAAACAUAGUAGAUGUCCAGUUCAGUAGGAUGGCUUUGCUCUAUGUUCCCAUAGUGGAGUAAAUUCCAAGUUAAAUGUAAGAGAUUUCUUAGUGUGUCACAAACCUCAGCUUUACACUUUGGGGCCGGAACUGUGCUCAGUGUGUUGGGUAAGUGAGUAGAUUUUGGGGUGGCAUAAGAAGAGGUUUCAAUACACUGUUGUAGGGCUGUGUAUGGUGGUAAUGCAAAGCUUGAAUUUGGAGAGGGAACCAUAUUAUCUGUAGUCGGUAAGUUCUGUGUUAAUGUUUACCAUUUACUAUGUAUCCCACAUAUUUUCCUGAAUUACCCUUUGCAAUGUCUUUGUCAGUUUGAUUGUUAGGUCUUUUCUUAAAGACUUGUAUUUCUGUCUAAAUGAAAAACAAUAUAGAAAUGGUAACAUGCUAAUCUAAUGUAUCUUAAUCCUUUGUCUUUGUGGUGUAUAGGGGUAUUAUUUGUGUGAGAUUGAAAAUAGAGGGUUACAAAUUUCCCACUCAAUAGUUUUAUCUGGAAAGGUGCUUAGGACCAGUGUGUAGAAAGAGGGUUCAAUUUAUUGUUGGCAGUAUCAAUUUCCCAGUAUCCCAUUUCAUUCUUUAUAAUUAAGAUUUCAAUCUCAUUGGAGUUUAUCUUUGGAGAUACUUUACUCCAGGUCUUACAGAACAGAGUCUCGAUAGGUACAUUUAUCUCACAUCAAUAAUAUACAGUGAGGAGAAUAUUGUUCUGUUAAGAUAGAAUCCAAUCCAGGAUUGCUGGGUUCCCGUUAGUGAGAUAUUUGAAAUAUAAGUUAAAUAGUUAUAUACAUUAUAUAUUUAACUAGUGCAAUACUCAAUGUAAAUGCAAUUUAGUCCAUCCCGCCAAUAAGAUACUCAGAGGUUCAAUAUAUAAUAUUCUGUUGUUGAAGUGGAGAUAUCAAGGCAGUUUGGAGUUGAUCAGUUUUUGGGAUGAGGGCAGAUUAUUAUUUUUGUAGUAGAAUGUAACAUUGUGGGGACAGCACCAUGAUACAAUCUAAUGAAAGCUCUUUACAUAAACCUGCCAUGAGUGUAUAGGGCAUGUAUCUAUAUAGUGCUCAAUGCCAUAUGUAUGCAGAACAUAGACCAUCUAUCUACAAAUGGUUGUGUGUGUGUAGAAUUCACUUAUCUGCAGAUCAGUUGUCUACCAAUUGUUCAAUAACUGCUUAGACUGAUAUUGAAUGGGACAAUCUGGGAUCUGCAGAGUCCCAUCCUGCCCAAUGUUAAAUGGUGGUCUUGAUUUAAAUGGAGAGACGUUCUCCACACUGGAGUAUAUAAUAGGUUCUCUGUAAGGGAUUUCUCACUGUGACCAACACUGCUGCUUACUUUGGAUCUGGGACUGUGCUCAGUGUUCUGGGUAAGUAAGUACAUUUUAGUUGGGGAACAGGGAAAGGUUAUUAUACACUGAUGUUGUGCUGUGCUAACAGUGCAAGCAAGCUGGAGUUCGGAGAGGGAACUGUGUUAUUUGUGACUGGUAAGUUAUGUGAUAUUUUUAAUAUCUCAUCAUAGUAUCAUCUUAUAUAAUUCUAGAUGUAAAGCUUGUUUUUAGUGUACAUUUUGAUUGUCAGCUCUUACCUUUACAGUUUAGCAUUAUAUGAAUUGUCAUAAAAAGUCAAUGUAAAUAUGUUAUUAUCAGGGCUCCUUAAAAAUAUCCCAAACUGGAAAAGCUGGUAAAGUUUAGCAGACAGUCCUCAAAAUAGCUAGGUGGUAUGAUGACAUAAAAUAUAUUUUUCAUAAUAAUGAGAAUGUUCUUUAAAAAUUCAGUGAAAAGCAUUAUUCAUAUUUGUUAAUUUAACAUUAAAUAAAGCAAUCUAGAAACCUGCAGAACAUUUUAAGUUUAUUAAAUACUGAUAUUACUAAAGAUUUGCUUAAAACACGAUGGUCCCCUAAAAAUGAGAUUAAUAGAUGGCAAAAUGCUUGGAUGUUAGAUAGUAAGACAGAUAUUCAGUAUAGAGGUUUGAGGCUGUGACCAGCGAAAGACAAUAUUUUGGACCUGGCACAAUCUUGGCUGUUUUAGGUAAGUGAGUAACAAAUUCUUUUUGGGUUAUUUUAUUGCCAUUCUAGAAGCAUGUUAAACUAUGAAAGUUAAUGGAGCAGACAAUCGCUAGAAAUUAAAUAAAACCAUAAGAAUAACUUUAAAUUCACAAUUGAUGCAUUCAUAAAGCCUGAAUUUAGUUUUAACAUCUGGAGAAAAAUCUCUGUUACAAAGUUCUGCUAGAAUAAAACAAUAUUAUCAUAUAGAGUUUGGGAAGUGAUACGUUUAGAUUGAGUAAAAAUAUAAUGCUGUUUGGUUGACUUGCUUCAGCAAAUUCUUAACAGAAAAAAUCCAAACAUAAAUUGAAUUGUGCCCUGGUAUAUGCAUUUAUGGUAGCAAACAACAAUUUAAAAGGGAAUUAAAUAUUUAGACAUAAUUAACGCAACCUUUUUUUAUUUGAACUGGAAAAAUUUAUCUAGGAAAUCAUAUACAAAUAUUAAAUUAAUUUGCAAGGUAUAAAUAAAUAGUGUAAUUUAGGUUGUUAUACAGUUUUAUAUUAGUUAUAUGAUAUAACAAAAGGAUUAAUCUAAAAUCUCUGUUUGUAAAGAAAAGCUCUGUAAAGUAACAAAUGUUUACUAAAGUGGAGGUAUCAGGACAGUUUGCAGUGAGGGAAUAAUGUUCUUUUUGUAGUAGAAUGUAACAUUGUGGGGACAGCACCAUGAUACAAACUAAUGUAAGGUCUUUACAUAAACCUGCCAUAUGUAUAUAGGCCAUAUAUCUCAUGUAUCUAUUGGCUGCUGAUUGUGUGAGGAGUUCACAUGUUCCCAGGAUGGUGAUUACUGUUCUGCAAAUGUUCAGAUUGUUACUGAGUCAGACAGUUUGAGACUUAUUGGAUACAAACAGAGUAGAUGUUCGGUUCGGAAGGUUGGCUUUGCCCUGCAAAUAGGGUCAUUGUUCUUCUAGUGGGAUACAUUCCAGGUUAUAUGUAAAGGAUUUCAUACUGUGUCAACAACCUCAGCUUUAAACUUUGGGGCUGGAACUGUGCUCAGUGUGUUGGGUAAGUGAGUAGAUUUUAAGGUGAACAGCGAGAGGUUUUAAUACACUGUUGUAAGGCUGUGAAUACUGGUAACACAAAGCUUGAGUUUGGAGAGGGAACCAUAUUAUCUGUAGUCGGUAAGUUCUGUAAUAAUGUUUACCAUUUACUGUGAAUAUUAUCACAUACUAUUUCUAAAUUAUCCUUUGCAAUGUUUUAGUCAAUGUGAUUGUUAGGUCUAUUGAUAAUGAUUUGUGCGGAAUUUCUAAAUGAAAAACAGUAUAGAAACAGCAACAUGUCUUUAUCUAAAUGUAGCAUGUGUUAAUCUAAUGUAUGUUAACCUUUGCAUUCUGGGUGUAUGAGUAUAUUUAUUGGUUGAUAUAGAAAUUAGAAAGUUAAAAAUAUACUGCUCAAUAAAUUUAUAUGGAAGGGUGCUUAGGACCAGCAUAUAGAAAACUGCAAUUAAAAGAGAGUUUAACAUAUUUUUGGCAGUAUUAAUCUCCGUAGACCCAUCUUCAUUUUGUAUUAUUAAGAUUUCAGUCUCACUGGGGUCUCUCUGUGGAGAGACUCAACUCUAGGUCUUACCUUACAGAGUCUUAAUAAGUACAAUCAUCUCAUGUCAAUAAUAUGCAGUAAGGAGAAUAUUAUUAUUUUAGAAUAGGACCCAAUCCAGCAGUUCUGGAUUCCCAUUAGUGAGAUAUUUGAAAUGAAGAUUAAAUAAUAAACAUAUAUUUAACCAGUGCAGUACUCAAUGUAAAUGCAAUUUAGUCCAUAUCACCAAUCAGAUUCUCAGAGGUUCAAUAUAUAAUAUUCUGUUGUUGAAGUGUUGAAGGGGAGAUAUCAAGGCAGUUUGGAGUUGAUCAGUUUUUGUGAUGAGGGCAGAUUAUUCUUUUUGUAGUAGAAUGUAACAUUGUGGGGACAGCACCAUGAUACAAUCUAAUGAAAGCUCUUUACAUAAACCUGCCAUGAGUGUUUAGCACAUAAAUCUAUAUAAUGUUCAAUGCCAUGUGUGUAAAACAUAAAUCAUGUAUCUACAGACUGUUGAUUGUGUCUGGAGUUCAGUUGUUGCUUUUCAUGCUGGUAUUGAGUGGGACAAUCUGGAUAAUGUCCAGUCCUUAUGAUAUAUGUUGUGGGAAGUUCUCGUCACUGGAGUAUAUCCUAGGAUAUCUGUAAGGAAUUUCUCACUGUGAAUGCUAAUGUUGCCUACUUUGGAUCUGGGACUGUGCUCAGCGUCCUAGGUAAGUGAGUACAUUUUAGUGGGGGGACAGGGAAAGGUAAUUAUACACUGAUGUUGUGCUGUGCUAGCGGUGCAAACAAGCUAGAGUUUGGAGAGGGAACUGUGUUAUUUGUGACUGGUAAGUAACGUGAUAUUUUUAAUAUCUCAUCAUAAUAUUAUCACAGAUAAGCAAUAUAUAAAGUGUCAUAAAAGGUCCAUCUGAAGACUUUAUUCCAUGUCUGUCUGCAUUAUUUAAUGAGUACCAUUAAAUUGGGUAAUAGUAACAACCCCUUGAUGUUGGGCUAAGGUAACAUCCCCAGGACGUAUUUGAAAACCAGAGUAAUCUGAAUGUACCUUUCCUGGUUAAAUACUUUGUUGUUAUUAUUAUUAAUAUUAUUAUUAAGGCAUUCAGUAGUUUGUAACAUUGCUUACUAUGCAUUGUUUGGGUAUACAACACUGUGUAACCUUAGGUAUAAAGAACGCACAGUAAUGGUCAAUUGCAAAGAAUUUGUUAAACUGUUUGCCCAUAAGGUAACAGAAAUCACUUAUUUGUAAUUGAUACAAGCAAAUACAAAUUUAGAAAUUAGAUUUAACUGGAGAAGCCUGACACAUGAGCUUACAAUCUAGCCUUGUCACAAUCCUUUACUCAUAGUAUCUGUAAGGGUUUGUCACGGUGACCAACACUGCUGAAGACUUUGAAUCCAGGACUGUGCUCAGUGUGCAGGGUAAGUUAAUAAAUUUUAGUGGAGGCACGGGGAAGGUUAUUAUACAGAGAUGUGGUGCUGUGUUAGCAACGCAGCAAAGCUAGAGUUUGGAGAGGGAACUGUGUUAUUUGUGACUGGUAAGUUAUGUGAUAUAUUUAAUAUCCCAUCAUAGUAUCAUCUUAUAUAAAUUCUACAUGCUAACUUUGUUUUCAGUGUACCAAUUUGAUUGUCAGCUCUUAUGUCACAGAUGAGCAAUAAAUUAAUUUUCAUGCUCAAUAACCUUAUUUUCUAUGCAUUGUUUAGGUAUACUACACUCAGUGACCAUAAUCCAAUAUUUUUUUAAGUAUCAAACACACUUUAACUGUCUCUUUAAAAUAAUUUGUUGACCUGUUAGCCCAUGUGAUAGUAGACAUCCCUUAUUUGUAAUGGAUACAAGCUAAUAAGAAAAAAUAUAUUUAAAAAAAUAAAUAAAUUGAAAUUAGAUUUAUUUAUAAGUUUUAUAAGUGCCUACACAUACUGCUACUAAGUAAAUAGAGAAACCUGACCAUGAUCUUACAAUCUAGUCUUUGUACAAUAAUUUACUCAUAGUUAGGAGUGUAUAAUUCAUUAGUUUAAUAUCUAAAGGAGAUUGUGUGGAUGUACAUUAUAGACCAGUCAAUAUAUUGUAUGUUGUUACUAUUUAUAUUCUUUGCAUAGAGUUCUUAGCAGAAUAUUAAGUUUCUAUCUUAAAUGGUGUGAGGAUAGAAAACUCUUUAUUGUAGCAGAGUAUAACAAUGUGGGACUGGGGCAGCACCAUGAUUCAGUCCAAUGCAUAUGCUUUACAAAAAGUUCCCAUAUAUCUAGAGGCUGAGUACUGCCAUGUGUAUGUAAAGCAUAUAGUACGUUUCCAUAGGCUGCUGAGUAUGCAGGGAGUUCACUUGUCCCCAUGUCCAUGCUAGCCCAUUUAUACUGUAACUGGUCAGAUUAGCAUUGAGUGGAACAGUAUGUGAUCCAUAGAAUGUAGCAGAGGAGCUGUCCAGUGCUGAACACUGACCAUGUGUUCCAAUUAAGGACAGUUCUCGCCAUUGGGUAAAUUCUAGAUUUUCUGUAAGGGGGUUUCUCACUGUGACAGGCUCAGCUCAAUACUUUGGCGAUGGUACUGUCCUCAGCGUGCUAGGUAAGUGAUUGAUUUUUAGGAUGGCAGUAUGGGGAGGUUAUUAUACACUAAUAUAUGGCUGUGAAUACUGGUAACAAGCUUGACUUUGGACCAGGGACUAUAUUAUCGGUGAUUGGUAAGUUGAAGGUUAAUUGUUGCCACUUACUUCAAUUCAUAUAUAGUGCAGGCUCAGAUUUUGUUUACAGUUUCUGUGUCUACAUUAAUUAUAGAAGCUAUACCAGUUUUAUUUUUUUAAUGUAUAUUAACCUUAGUGCUUAGUUACAAACAAUAAAAUGCUUCAGUCGACUAAAUAAUAAGCGUUAUGAACUGUAUUCAGAAACUUGACAAAAAUAGUAAUUCAGUUAACAUAGGUAAUCUUAAUAGGGUGAAUCCAAGGUAAAUUCAUUGUGAAUUUCAAAUUAAGGUGAAAAUAGCUUUCCAGUAGUUUUGAAUAGUAUAUGGACUUAAUUGUUUGCUUAUGGUGAUAAUUGUUGUGUUUGGGGGAGCUGUACUAUUGUGAACUCUCUGGAGAGACUCUACUCCCAGGAGACCUCUUAUUAGAUCUUCUAUCUUUUUUUAACCAUAUGUGGAAGAUUUUAUACAUAAUACUUUUUGUGUAAUGGAGAUAUAUAACAUAUGUUUUUAUUCAUGUGAGUUUGAUUGAUUUACAUCAGAGAGAUAUAUUUAUUAAGCAGUCAAUAACAAGGAAUUGAAAACAAACAUUCAAAAUUAAGACUAAAAAUUCAGGGCAGCUAUUUUUCAAACAUGACUUUUUUUUAUACAUAUUUGGAUAUAAAUUAAAAUCCCAUCAUGCACAAGACCAUACAACUAGCUGUUUGAAACAAGUACAACUUGUGAAUUAUGACUUGGUCGCAUAUGUUAAGUUUAUGGAAAAAAUAAAUAAAAUUUAUCAAAAAGUUAUUUUAAUAACAAAAAAAUGUCUCAUGUAUUUUUUAUAUAAUAUGCUUACAGUGGAAAUAGUUAUCAAAAUGUUCAAUAUCACUACUCUUAAAAUACGUAUUGGUAAAUUUUAAUAUUCACACUCUGGAAAUACAUAUCAAAUUGUAUAAAUUAAUGCAUUUACAUCUUAAUGAAACUGUGCUAUAUAAUAAUAGCCCAGAUAUAUUUUUUUGGUCAGUGAAAAAUCUGCCUAAUAAUGUAUAAUAUAUUCUGAAAUGGUAUAUUGUUAUAUCAGUAAACUGUAAAAAGAGUUUCUGAGGUUUCACUAAACAACAGUUUGUGGUGAGUUGCCAACUGACUUACAAAAUAUAGGCCAAAAUAUCUAAGUUGGAAAAAGAUGUUCAUUUCACCCUAAUUGGAGAUUUUUGUUAACAGUUAUUUUAACCUACAUUUUACAAGUUGUUAAAUUGUUUAGUGAAUAUAUAUACCUGCCAAGAAUGGGGUACAUUGACGUUGUGGCAGGCUUAUGCAAUAUAUGAUCAUAUAAUGGAACUAAACCCCCAUUAUUUUUUAAUGCCUAGGUGAGGUGUUUUUAAAUAAAACUAUUACAAUCUCUAAGAUUUGAAAUCAUUGUUUAGUGAAUAAGCGAGUGCGCUGGAUUUUGUAUUCUAUGUAUAUAUAUAUAUAUUGUUCUGUAAUGUAGUAAAACAUUUAUUUAUUAAUGAUGUUCUCUCUUUAUAUACAAUGUCCUAUUCAUAGGCAUCCACAGCACAUUGUAUCACUGUGUGAACCCGAAGGAACGUGUUUGCUUUUAUUUUAUAUAAGUUGAGCAUUCGUUGAAUAUGGAAUCAUAAGGGAGGCUUACAUUUAUUUGAAAAUGCAUACCACAUAUUUACUGUAGUAUGAACCACUGUUUACUGUUUUGUGAAUAAAUAAUUAAAUAUUGUGACUUUUAUAUUCUGCCAGGUAAUGGACAAAUACAAUAUUUGAAUAAAAUUAAAGUUAGGGACAUAACAUGUGGACAGGGAACAUAAUUCUGUUCUACAUAAGGGUAUAUGCAGAAAUACCUGGCACACUACUUGUGUAUAAAUAUAUUACUACUAUAAUAAGUUAUUUAGCAAAGGUUGUUUAAUCUUGACAAUUUCCUCCUGUUCCCCGGGUCAUUACAUGAUACAUCACUGACAGUAACUAACGCUCACCAAAAAUACACAAAAACAGAAAAGAGAAACAAUUCAUAGGAAUCUCUGACAAUACAGACACAUGUAUAUCAACAUCAUCAUACCUCUUGCUAAAGCUUUUAUGGGCUCUAACAGUGGUGGAACAUGAACACUAAACAUAAAAUAAAUAAAUAAUAUUAAGACUUUAUAUAAAAGAAAUAAAAAUAAAAAUUUAAAGAACUUGAGAUAUCAUAUGUGUUUAAUAUUAAUAGUACACUGUAAGUAACAGUGGGGGAAAAUAGGGAUAUUUUUUUCUGACAGUAAAUAGAGUAAAAAUACUGCAGGACUGUAAAUGGAAAUGACUAAAAGCCUUGUAGAGAGUAUCUGAGCAUCUGAUCUCUACUAUUAACAGUAAUUAAUUAAGUCAUACCCCCAGUUAUGUACAAAAUCUAAAAAAAAAAAACAGUUUCCACAUAACAGAAAUAGGGAUACUGCGGGUAUAUCAGUAAUAAUUAUGAAUAAUACCAUUAAUUGCUAUGGCAUAGGACCAGUAUGUCUCUUGAAUCUAGAGACUAGAUACUACCUUAGUAGAGGGCCUGAAUUUUGACAAGGAUUGGGUAGCACACACUGUAUUGUGACAGUCUUGCCAUGUCAUCUGUCAUAAAUGAAGAUACAUUAUUAGUCCUGAACUGGUAUUAUGUAAGAAUAUACAUUUUAGGGAACUUAUUAUGCCCCAGAAAAACUAGAUGUUUUAUCAUUUUUCGAGAGUGAUCCUAUCCUAGACAAGUUUCAUUACCGAUCCAAGAUCAGUUACCAAGUUCAGCCAUUCGAUUGUGGCUUGCUUAUUUUAUUUUUAGAAUAAAUACAUCCCUGAUAUUUUUCACUUAAUUUUUUAUUACAUUAUAUUUUGUACAACUCAUGCGGGUAUUUUGUCCCUGAUUACAAGUUUUAUGUCUUGUGCUACCUAUUUAUCUAGCCCAUAAAAAUCACUUUUUUUUGUCAUCCAAAUUAAUUAAGUCACUGUUAGUCUGAUAGUCAAUGGCACCUGUAUAACUCCAUAUGUGCUAAUGUCAGUGCUAGUUGCAUCUAGCACCGGUACAGGCAACCUGCGGCACUCCAGAUGUUUUGGACUACAUCUACAAUAAUGCUCAAAGCAUCAUGGGAGAUGUAGUUCGUAACAUCUGUAGUGCCAAAGGUUACCUACCCCUGAUCUCGGACAUGAAAGAAAUAAUCAACUCAGUACAUCGGAGUGUGAUUUAUAAAUAAAUAAAUAGGAAUCAAUCACCAUAGAAACCAAUGGCAAGUCUCUCAACAUUUAGCCCUUUGAACCGAUCCCCUGUGCAAAUUUAUAAUAUUCACUGCAAUAGUUUAUCCAAGGUUUAUACACAGAAUACAAAGGCAUCUAAAUGACACAUUUAUUGAGAGAGCUAAUAUUUAUUACAUGCUGUUAUUUAGUACUCUUUAAAUCCUCAUCACUUACAACCUUCCUCUGCUGUCUCCCAUCCACUGUACUCCCUACUUCCAAACACCCCUCCCAUCCUUUCAGGUACAUACAGAUCAUUUGAUUCCCUCACUUCCCUCUGCGUUUGUCCCUCAUCCUUUUAGAGUGUAAACUUAUUUGGACAGGGCCCUUUUCACCUACUUUUUCCGUAUGUCAUAAAUUUGUGUUAGAGUUGUUUGUAUUGAUUUACCUAUUGCACAUCACUGUAGAAUGUAUUGCCAGUAUAAAAAUAAUUGCAAUUGUAACUGUUUGUUUGGACUUGCAAAAUUUAUCAUAGGAACAGUAGAUAAAUUGAGAAAUGGGUAAUUAAACUUCUCCUUUCUUUCCUUUUCAGAAGCCGAUAAGGUGCAGAAAUAUCCCGAGGUAACAAUCUUCCCUCCUAACCUACAAGAAUUAAAAGAUAAGGGCUCUCUGUCACUAGUCUGUGUUGCUAGUGGUUUCUACCCAGAACACGUGUCUAUUCGCUGGAAGGUAAAUGGAGAGGUACGGGUUACUUAUGAUCAAAACAAGCCAAUUUUACGUGAAAAGGACACAUAUUCAAUCAGUCGGCGGCUCAUUCUGACAAAACAGGAAUAUUAUACCCCAUCAAACACUUUCCGAUGUGAAGCCAGCUUCCCGGGCUGGGAGAAUGUGACACACAAGGAGAUUAACGGAGAAAAAAGUAAGUGGGAAAUGUUUGGGCAAAUUCAGCAAAUGAAGCAAAUUAUUGGGGCCCAGGAAGAAAACAAAUAAUAGUUAUCCCAAAUUAGGCGUAAAUCUGUGGGAAGUGUCAGAGUUAGUUAUGAGUUAUUGAGAGAAGGGAACAAAAUAAGAGGUGACAUCUAUAUUUUUAUUUUAAACAUAUAUGUGGAAGAUUUUAUACUUAAUUAUUUCUAUUUAAUGUUUAAGACUGUUGACAUUAGUAUUACCAAUGGAAGACAAUCAUAAAGUGAUUUUAUGAUUUUUUUAACUGAUGUAGUUGGAGACAAUCCUGUGAAGGAUUUAGAAAUUCAGAUCACUUAAACAAUCACAGAGAUCAGAGCAGGAGACUGGUGAAAAGGGAAAAGCCGUGUGUAUUUAGAAAGUAUCAUGAAGAAGAGGAUGUGGGGACAGUUAUAGUAUAUUCCAUGAAAAUAUUCUCAUGAUAACAAUUUAUCUCUUCUUCUCUCUUCUCAACAGAGUGCACCGGCGCUACAGGUAAGUCUGAGAUGCAUGGAUGGAUGGAUAAAUGGAUAAAUGGAUAGAUGGAUGAAUAGAUAGCUAGAUAGAUAGAUACCUGUAGAUAGAUAGAUAGCUAGAUAGAUAGAUACCUGUAGAUGGAUAGAUGGAUAGAUACCUGUAGAUAGAUAUAUAGAUAGAUAGAUAGAACAGUAGAUAGAUUGAUAGAUAGCUAGAUAGAACAGUAGAUAGAUAGAUAGAUAGAUAGAUAGAACUGUAGAUAUAUAGAUAAAUAGAUAGAUAGAUAGAUAGAUAGAUAGAUAGAUAGAACGGUAGAAAGCUAGAACUGUAGAUAGAUAGAUAGAUAGAUAGAUAGAUAGAUACCUGUAGAUAUAUAGAUAGAUAGAUAGAUAUAUACCUGUAGAUAUAUAGAUAGAUAGAUAGAUAGAUAGAUAGAACAGCAGAUAGAUCGAUAGACAGCUAGAUAGAACAGUAGAUAGAUACAUAGAUAGAUAGAUAGAUAGAUAGAUAGAACUGUAGAUAUAUAGAUAAAUAGAUAGAUAGAUAGAUAGAUAGAUAGAACGGUAGAUAGAACGGUAGAUAGAUACCUGUAGAUAUAUAUAUAUAUAUAGAUAGAUAGAUAGAUAGAUAGAACGAUAGAUAGAUAGAUAGAUAGAUAGACAGAUAGAUUGACUGAUGGACGGAUAGAAAGACAAACAGACUGGUUUCAGUUUUUGGAAUUGACUUUUUACUGAUAUUUUUAGGAUAAAGGAACCAGAUAGGUUUUCAUGUUAGUGACCGCACGAGGAACUAAGAAGCAUUUAUCAUUGUCAGAUAACUCACGUGUAUUUUAUUUCUUUUCAUUUUAGAAUUUGUCAGGAGGAAGGUAAAUGAAGGGAAGAUCUCCUAUAUUCUAGUUUUGUGUAAAAGUGCAUUGUACGGAAUUAUUGUUGCAGCGGUCAUUUUCCGGAAGAAGGUGAGUGUGGGUGGUCCUGAUGCAGUUGUACUAAAAGAAAAUGUGACAAAUAUUGUACUGGCACUGGUAAAAAUAGGAUGUAGACCACUGGCUCUUAAUCUUUUUUGGCAAUGAUGUAAUUUACAUAAAUGGCAGUAGCUUGGCAAAAUAUUAUUUAAUUUUACAAAGAGCACGAUGAGGCAUUUGUAUAAAGUACUAUAAGGCAAACAUAUAUUAUGCAAAACAUUAUUAUUAGAGUCCUCCUGUUGUCCAAGGGGUCUUCAUUAUAUUGGGAAAAGCACUGUUACUGUGAGCAAUUGUUUGGCACUUUAUGUGUCUCUCCCAGUGUGGAUCCACUAAAAUGAAAUGGGAACAAAGUUUUAGAACCUGGAAGAGGAGUUAGGAACUACUGGUUAAGACAAAGUCCAGAAACACAUGGUCAUGAUAGUUGCAGGAACUAUUUAUUUCCAUCAAAGUGACUGCAGCAAACUACAUUAUUAAAAAAAAAAAGGAAAAUAAAAACAAUUAGAGUACAGAAAAUAUUAACAGCUGAACAUUUAAUGAAUGCAUUAGCUCAAUGUUUUUGACUACAACAUAUAGGGUAUUAGAGAGUGCAUAGGGCAUUAAAGAGUUUGAUCGCUUCAAAGCAUCAUUGGUGUUGUAAUUGUUUGGAGCUUAGAGUUGUGAUGGGUUGGCAACUGACUUGCAAAAUUUAAGACCAGCCACAAAAGGUCUAUUUCUGAAAAUGGUGAUCAACUUUUAGUUCAAGAAAAUCCCAAGUUAUGUGAGAUGUGUAUGUUGGACAUUUCAUUAGACAUAUAUUUUGGUAGUCUGUAGCCUUCGCUAGUUAAAGAUUGUUUUAUUUACUGUUUGCAUCUUUUUCAGAUGAUAGGAACUUCCUACUAAUCUCUACGUAGAAUCAGUGAUUGCAUAGCAGCUUCAAGAAUGAAUCUUACCUUUCACAUUCAAAAUUGAACUGUAUCGAAAUCUGGCGAAAAGGAAGAAAUCUCUGUUCUCAGAUGACAGAGAAUGAUGAAAUUAUAUAUUAUAUAACGUAGAUUGGAGUACAUAUGUACUUAGCUCUAUUUAUUUCUGCACUUAGCUUUCUAUACAUGUGUUCUGAUUACCUAUUAGCCAAUAAAUUCAUAUUUUCUGAACUAA